GGGGAGGCAGUCCUUCCAUUGUCCACAGCAUCAGUCCGUGACGUAGGCUAUCGUUAGACGGAUGGUAGGUGGAUAGCUGUAAAUACGAACUUUACACGUUCGACUGAUUAAAUGCAGACCAACAUGAUAAAUAACAAACAACUGCGAUUUGGUCGAAUUUGAAACUUGUAUCAAAAUUUUGUACGACGACCGUCAUAAAGCAGCUUUGUCUUCGGCCUAGCUAUGAAGAAAAUCACACGCAGACCAAGUAGACGGAUUAUCACCACGACUAAAAGCGCGGUGAGUGAUACUAGUGAAAACAACCCUGAAACUGGCAAAACUACUCCCGGUUCAGAACAGAAAGCCUCGGAGAAGAAAACCCACGAGAAAAAAAGUCAUGGGCCAAAAAACACCGAACAGAAAAGCUCUGACCCAAAAACUGCCGACCAGAAAAAUUCUGAUCCCAAACACCCGGAACCAAAAAACUCUGAGCAGCAAAAAGGCGCAGAACCAAAAAAUUCCGAACAGAAAGUUCCCUCGCAACACAGAAAGGGUUCCGAAGUAAAUGGCUUGAAGGAUAAUAACAAUAAGGAACCACCUCCCGCGAAAACUCCCCAACAAUGGGCGACUUCCGAAACUUUGUUGUCGUUAUGUCAGAAGAAAGAUUGGUUGGGGACUGAGAUGCGAAUGAAGACGUUGGAAAGGGACCACAAGGAGGUGAACGAAGCAGAUAAGGAAAACGGCUUCACCCCAUUAAUAAUUGCUGCCAAUGAAACCAAAUACAUCAUCGCAGAACGUCUAAUCGAUCUGGGAGCCAACAUUAAUGCGCAGGCGCAUGAUGGACGAACAGCUCUGGCAAUGGCAGCUGUCUCAUCGAAAGACGAUGUAGUGAAACUUCUUGUGUCCAAGAAAGCAGAUGCCUUAAUACCUGGAGGUCCCAAGAAGAACAUACCGCUGCACUGGGCAAGUUCAAAACCUAACCCAACGAUAGGUAUCAUUACUUGCCUAUUAAAAUCCGUCGGUGCUGACACGACUUUAAAUACCAAUCAGGAUUCCCACACAGCUUUGAUGUUAGCUGUCCUAUCUGAUAAUGUUGCCGCAUGCAAGGAACUCAUUCGAGUUGGGAAUAAACAGCAACUAUACAUAAAAACUAAGACAAUUGGUGAUACGGCGUUACAUAUCGCUUGCCGGAAGAAAAACAUUGAAAUUUUGCGGUUGUUGGUCGAAUCUGGAACUCCUGUGAAUAUUCAGAAUAGCAAUCUUCAGACUGUUCUACACUUAGGGGCACACGAUGGAGACGAAGUAGUAUUGAAAUGCUUACAGCAACUACGUGCUGAUCCAAACCUCGGGGACAAGCUGGACAAGACUCCGCUUCACAUCGCUGCCGAACGAGACAACACUGAAGCAAUGGAUAUACUCAUUGAGAAAUUCAAAGCCAGCAUUGUGCUACGAGCUAAAAACGGUAACACACUCAUGCACUUCGCUGCCAAUGCUGGUCACCAAAACACCGUUCUGUUCUUCUUGAAGAAAGGAGUUCCUCUCAACAUGCCAAACAAGUCAGGAGCAGUAGCCCUUCACGUUGCUGCAAUGAACGGCCAUGUGUCUGUGGUGAAGGCACUAUUGCAAAAAGGGGCCGCGGUGGAUACAGAAACCAAGGAUGGUUACACAGCCCUGCACUUAGCAGUGAAACACUCGCAUCCUGAAGUUGUACAAGUUUUGCUUGGUUUUGGAGCACGGGUUGAUGGUAAGGCAGGAAAGUCACAUGAGAUGCCACUCCACCUGGCAGCGAAAGCCAAAGACGGAGAGUUGUGUGCCGAGAUGUUAUUAAAGAGUGGAGCUGACCCGAAUGUGAGACUGGAGAAUGGUGAAACUGUUUUCCAUUUGGCUGCCCGCAGUGGACAUCUCGAACUGGUCAAAACACUACUCGAGGAAGAUUGCAGUCCAACACAACAAUCGAAAACAGGAGACACGCCUCUACAUCUAGCUGUCCGCUAUUGUCAUCCUACCUUAGUUUCCGAGAUACUCACGAACGUCAGCAACAAAAAAUCCAGAUCCGAAGCCGUCUUUCUAGUCAACUUACCACAAAAGGAAGGAGAAACCCCGAUGCAUUACGCCACUGACCUUAUUCCGGACAAGAUCCGAUCGGAAUUUGACGAUACUGACGUCAUAAAAACACUGCUUGAAUUCGGCGGGGACAUCAGCUGCACCACCAAAUUGACACGCGAGACACCAUUCCAUUAUGCUGCACGUUCCGGUAACAGUAAUGUGCUUCUGGAAAUAACAAAAAGUAAAUCUCCGUCAGAUAUACGUGCCAUUGUCAAUAAACAGUCAAUAAAUGGUUGGUCACCUCUGUUGGUUGCAAGUGAGAAAGGCCAAUUGGAAAUUGUCAAGAUUCUCCUACAGAACAAUGCACGUAUAGAUGUCUUUGAUGAGCAUGGAAAAGCAGCAUUGCAUUUAGCUGCAGAGAAUGGUCAUGAAGAAGUUGCAGAUUUAUUGCUGGAAUAUAAAGCUUUUGUGAAUGCGAAAUCCAAAAUCGGAGUGACGCCACUUCAUUUAGCCGGACAAAAUGGCUACUGCAACCUAGUAAAGUUACUCAUUGAGAAACACAAUGCAUCGAUUGAUGCCCUUACGCUGAAACAAAAGACCGCCCUCCACAUGGCUGCCCAAAAUGGCCGUAUUGACGUAUGCAGUUGUUUGCUAAACAUGAAUGCAAAUCCUAGCACCACUGAUUCGCUUGGUCAAACACCUCUUCACUUGGCUGCCAAAAAUGACCACUCUGAAGUCGUCAAGUUAUUUCUCAAACACAAACAAGAACUGGUGUCCAUGAACAGCAUGGAUAUCAAUGGUAUGACCUGUGCGCAUAUUGCAGCCGAAAGGGGUAGCGUAGCUGUCAUAAAGGAACUGAUGAAGUUCAGCCGAGCCACAGUAACCACCGUCCGGAACCGCAAAACGGGAAACACAGCCCUACACCUGGCGGCCUCUGGUGGACAUAAGAAUGUAUUACUCACCAUAUUGGAGGCUGGAGCUCUAGCCACUGACGAAAACCAUCAUGGCAUGACGACUCUGCAUCUUGCAGCCCAAUAUGGCUACGUCCACAUCCUCGAAGCGUUAAAGGAUUCCAUCUCGUGGGAAUAUACGAGUAAAAAGACUGGGCUCACGGCUCUCCACAUUGCUGCCCGAUACGCACAAGUAAACUUUGUACAGGAGAUGUUAACACGGGUGUCGGCCACCGUACCUAGCAAAUGUCCGUCAGAAUCGAAUUCAGAAGACAUAGAGUAUGGUUUGACACCUUUACACAUGGCAGCACAAUCAGGUCAUGAAGGGCUGGUUCGAAUCCUGCUCAACUCCGCUGGGGUGUAUUUCGAUGCUUAUACAGCAAUUAAUGGUUACAGUCCGUUUCAUUUGGCUGCACAAUCAGGACACACAUCAGUGGUCAGCCUAUUACUGAGCAAGUCAACGACUCAGUUACACUGUGUGGACAAACACAAGAGGACUGCAUUACACCUAGCCGCUGGUAAUGGUCAUAUAAACAUGGUCCGUCUGUUACUGGGUCAAGGAGCAGACAUCAAUGCCGUUGAAGAGAAUGGCUGUACGGCACUACACUACGCCAGUAAGUAUGGUUACCUGAACGUUGCCAAACUAUUAGUAGAAAGCGGUGCCAGUACAAAUGUGACCUGUCACGACGGCAAAUUACCAAUCUGUUAUGCCUCUGCUUCCAGUCACACAGACAUUCUUCAUUUCCUCAUGAAGAAGGAUCUAGACACGUAUCACUUGAUGGAGGACAAAAAGUUUGUAUUCGAUUUAAUGGUGUGUGGAAAACUGAACCACAACAAGUGUAUCCAAGAUUUCGUUCUCAUCUGCAAAGCUCCGCUGGAGGCAGCAGUGAAGCUAUGUCGCAACUUCCGGACGAUUGCUUCCAAGGAGAAAGAACGUUCUAAAGAUCUUGAACUAGCAGCCGAUUACUGUGAAGAAAUGGCCACCAACAUCAUGACCAUUUCAUCCAGUCUUUAUAAUCCCGAACCUCUUCUCAGAUCGGUGGACCAGAACAACACACAGUUUUUGGACUUCCUCAUAGAAAACGAACAGAAGGCUGUGGUGGCACAUCCAACCGUACAACAACAUCUGUCUCACAUCUGGAUGGGCAGCUUGGAGUGGUCAAGUGCUCAGAUAUUUUUGUUAUUCCUGAUCUGUCUACUUCUGCCUCCAGUCUGGCUAAUACUCUCUUUACCCCUUAAUCACAGGUACGCCAAAACCCCGAUCAUCAAAUUUAUGGCUUAUCUCAUAUCUCAUCUUUAUCUCUUGGCACUCUUCACCAUCACAGUCGUGUUACCAAUCAAACCAAUUUCGGUAUCUCCAAGUCUCAUCCCUUUCUGGUACGAGUGGAUUCUACUAGCCUGGUUGUCCGGUCUUCUAGUCUCCGAAAUCACCAACCCAGCCGACAGGGCUGGUCUUGGAUGGAUCCGAAUUAUAACCUUGGUCGUCUGCGCUAUCGGACUACUCGUACACUUGCUAGCCGUCGUCCUCUACAUCUACAGCCGCGAAGAUCCGCGUGUGUACCUCUACAUCAGGAACCAGUUCCUAGCUUUUGGCAUGCUCCUUGGUUUCGUACAGCUACUAGAGUUUUUCUCCUUCCAUCACUUAUUUGGUCCAUGGGGCGUGAUCAUCCACGAUCUCAUCAAAGACUUGAUCAAAUUUCUUGUGAUUUUACUUCUGUUUAUGGUUGGUUUCAGCUUCCACCUGGUAGCCAUUUACCAACCAGUCUACAACAUAGAUCUUUCCUCGAAUAUAUCAGUAAUGGAUAUGUUUGAGUUUCUCUUCUUCUCGCUGUUCGGUCUGGUCGACCGUGACAGUUUCCCGCUACUCUCCAACUCUCUAGACUGGGUCAACAAACUAGUCGACGCCAUUUUCGGUAUUUAUAUGAUGGUCACGUUGAUCGUCUUAAUAAACUUACUGAUUGCUAUGAUGUCGGACACAUAUCAACGUAUCCAGAGUCAGUCAGACACAGAGUGGAAGUUUGGACGGGCGAAACUAAUCAGAAACAUGAACAAACAGUCUAUAUCGCCUCCGCCGAUCAACCUAUUCACCAAGUUCCUUGCAUACUGCUGGGCGUUCUACAAACACAAAUGUAAAUUAUGUACCGUGAACGUCCAGCCCUACCUUGAUGAACCGAACACUGACCUCCAGAAUGUCGAAUCACACUCACCGGACGGGCUUGUCCCUUACGAACAGGAAAGCUGGAAAGCCAAUAAAAUUUCACCAGAAUUUGACCGCAUUGAGGAUGUGAUAGACUGGAAGACAGUCGUUCAGAAGUAUCUACAAUUGAAAGGAAUCAAAGAAACUGACGACGAAUCAGAAACAUCUAACAUGAACGGUACCGGGAUGCCCGGCGGUGGAGGUGGUGGUGGUCCUGUUGGUGGAGGUGGUGGUGGCGGUGGUGUUAGUGGUGCCACCUACGAUAAAACAGCCGACUAA